AUGACAAGCAACCCUCUAAUAGAGAAGAUCUUAAAUCCUCUAGAAGAGAAGAGAAACAAAAUUCCAACACUGCUGAAGCAAAAUAUGAUUCCAAUAAAAAUUGUCAUCAAGAAAAAUCAAGACCGUAUAGACCUAAAGAUAGUAUGAAAGUAAGUAGUUAUAAAUCAAAUGACAAAUCCAGUUUUGUAUCCCGUCAUAAGCUGGACAUAGACGGAAAGUGCAGUGGAAGUGAGAGUUCAUCUCAUCAUUUGAGGUCUGACAAAGAGAGAGAACAUCAUAUCUCAUGGACUUCUUACAGAGACAAACAAUCACACCGCUCAGGAAGAUCUAGAUCUCGAGAAAAACAGAGAAGUAGUAGUUCUGAGAGGCAUGACAGAAAGCAUACUGUUUACCACUUAAAAAGCAGAAGUCAAGAAAGGAAUUCCGUAAGUCGAGAAAGAAUUUCCGGAAGUUGCGAUAGAACUUCAAGAAGUCGAGAAAGAAUUUCCAGAAGUUGUAAUAGAACUUCAAGAAGUCGAGAAAUAUUUUCUAGAAAUUGUGAGAGAGCCUCAAGAAGUCGAGAAAAAGUAUCCAGAAAUUAUGAUAGAACUUCAAGAAGUCCAGAAAGAACUUCCAAAACUGCCAAAAAUUUAGAUAGAACUUCAAGAAGUCAAGAAAGAAUUUCCAGAAAUUUUGAUAGAAUUUCCAGAAGUCGCAGUAGAGCUUCCAGAAGCCAUGACAGAACUUCAAGAAGCCGAGAAAGAAUUUGCAGAAAUCAUGAUAGAACUUCCAGAAGUCAGGAAACAAUUUCCAAAAGUCGUGAAAGGCAUUCCAGAAGUCAAGAAAGGGUGAAAAGAGAAAGCAAAUCUGAAAGACGUAGCAGCAAAGAGAAGGAAAAAAUUAAUAUUAAAAAGGAGAAAAGGGACCGAUCUCGAAGUCCACAUCGAGUUAAAAGUGAAAUACCUGAGGAUCGACCAUCUCUGAGUACAAAAGCUAGCAAAUUUAUAUGCUCUUCCUCAGCUGAAUUUUUUUAUACAAAAGUAGAGGAGGAAGUUGUUGCAACAACAGCAUUAAAAGAGUUACAUGAGAAAUUUAAGUAUGAAUUAGUUGAUCGUGCAGAAAGAGUUAGAGCAUCCAAACCUAAAUAUCAGCCACCUCAAAGAAGAACAAAGCUGCGGAAACCUAAGCCUUUGAAAGUAAAUUCAGAUGACGAAAGUUCAAGCAGCAGUGAAGAAUCUUCAGAUGAAGAAGAAGAUACUGCAAUAGAGGAACUGGAAAAGAAAAGAAGGCAUCCCGAUAGACUGCAUUUGGAAUUGUGGUUUAAUGAUCCAAAAGAGAUGAAUGAUGGGCCCUUAUGUAGAUGCAGCGCCAAAGCCAGACGGUCUGGAAUUCGUCACGGCAUUUACGUAGGAGAAGGUCAUUUGCCACCAUGUAAUCCUCUGAGCAACAAUAUGAAAAAAUUGUAUCAUUAUCGAAUCACAAUGACACCUCAUACAAAUUUUUUGACAAAAACUCCAACGACUAUUGUUCAUAAUGGCCAUGAAUAUAUUUUUGAAGGAUUUUCAAUGUUUUCCCACUCUCCUUUACCUAAAUUGCCGAAUUGUAAAGUGAUUCGCUUUAAUUACGAGUAUACUAUUUUGUAUAUUGAAGAAGAGAUGCCACAGAAUUUUACAGUAGUAGGAUUAGAGCUGUUUAUGAAGUAUCUUCUAGUAGAAAUAUUAGAAUUGGUUGACUUAAAUUGGAAAGCUCACGAUGAUAUAAAUGGAUGUCCUCGCUUCCACUUUAUGCCACGUUUUGCUAGAGAAAUUAAAGGUAAAGGGAAGGAACUAUUAUCAUUGUGUGAGGUUUUGAAGUACCUACUGAAUGCGAACAAAAUUUUAAUUGAUGAACAAAAGUUGCCUGAAAUUUUGUCUCUUCCCACCCAAGAAUGGCAAAAUCUUGCUGAUGAAGUAAAAGGAAUGAUUGUAACUUGUCCGGGAAUGAAACCAUCAUCUAUACGUGUUGAUCAGCUGGAUAGAGAGCAAUGUGAUCCAUACAAAGAUAUAUUUCCUGUAAUUGUCCAUUUUGGGGUUCGACCGCCUCAACUGAGUUAUGCUGGAAAUCCACAUUACCAAAAAGCUUGGCGUGAUUAUGUAAAGUAUCGUCAUUUGCUGGCCAAUAAACCAAAGGUGAAGUAUGCUGACAGGCACAGACUGAUGCAGAAAGAGACAAGACUACAAGAAAUGAGAUUAGAAAAUGAUUUGAAAAGGGAUGUUACUGUAGUAAUAAGUAGCAAAGGAUUCUUCAAAACCGGAAUCAUGAGUGAUGUAAUUCAGCAUGCUAUGCUUCUCCCAGUUUUGGUUUGCCACCUGAGGUUUCACCAGUCAUUGAGUAAUCUGGAAGAGAAAAUUGGCUAUAAGUUUAAGGAUCGUUUUCUAUUGCAGCUUGCUCUCACUCACCCAUCCUACAGAGAAAAUUUUGGGACAAAUCCAGAUCAUGCUCGUAAUUCGUUGACAAAUUGUGGAUUACGGCAACCUCAGUAUGGUGACAGAAGAAUACAUUACAUGAAUACACGAAAAAGGGGUAUAAAUACCUUAAUCAAUAUCAUGUCAAGGUUUGGUAGUCAGAAAGAAGCUAUUUCUAGUAUUAACCAUAAUGAAAGGCUAGAAUUCCUUGGGGAUGCUGUUGUUGAGUUUCUUUCCAGUAUUCAUUUGUUUUAUAUGUUUCCUGAUCUAGAAGAAGGAGGUCUAGCAACAUAUCGAGCUGCAAUUGUACAGAAUCAGCAUCUGGCUGUAUUAUCAAAAAAACUUCAGCUGGAAAAAUUCAUGUUGUAUGCACAUGGUUCCGACUUAUGCCACGAUUUGGAGUUAAGACAUGCAAUGGCUAAUUGCUUUGAAGCUCUUAUGGGUGCUUUAUUUCUGGAUGAUGGGAUUGAAGUGGCAGACCGAGUUUUCUCCCAAACCUUGUUUACUGAACCAGAGCUUUAUGAAGUUUGGCAGAAUUAUCCUCCUCAUCCGCUUCAGGAACAAGAGCCUGGUGGUGAUCGAAAGUGGUUGGCAUCUGUUCCUUUACUGCAGAAAUUGAACAAAUUUGAGGAAGAGAUUGGCAUUGAAUUCACACAUAUACGUCUUCUUGCCAGAGCCUUGACACAUCGUAGUUUAGGCUACAAUAAUCUCACACUAGGUUCAAACCAAAGACUUGAAUUCUUAGGUGAUACAGUUUUACAACUUGUUGCUUCUGAAUACUUGUAUAAAUAUUUUCCAGAGCAUCAUGAAGGGCAUUUGUCUCUGUUAAGAAGUUCACUAGUCAAUAAUCGUACACAAGCAGUAGUGUGUGCUGAUCUUGGUAUGGUAGAAUAUGCAAUUUAUCCAUAUUCAAAAGUAGAGCUCAAGCCAAAAGAUAAAGCUGAUUUAUUAGAAG